AUGGGUUAUACUGAUCAUGCUGCUCUCUUCAUCACAUUCGAUUGGGAACAAAACUGGAAUUCCUUUAAAUGGUCUUUUCCAUAUGACCUUGAUUCGGUGCCAGGGCUCUUACAGCGUUGUGCCAAGUCCCAGAUGGCUCCGCUCUUUCCUGUUGAUGCCGCAAAUGAUUGCGAUACCAAUUUACAAGCCUGGGUGUUAUCGUUUGAGAGCUUGGCUGAGACAGUGCAUGAAGCUAAUGCAGGUUGCCCAUUGGCCAAGCCAUUCUUUGGACGCCUUAAGGGUAAACGUGUCAAAGUGAAGCCAUCUAGGCUUACUCUUUCUUCAGACGGAGACGAGAUGGUCCAGCGCCAGGCCUUGACAUACAGGUCGCAGUGUCUGCGCUGGGUGCGGGAGCUACACCACGAACUCCUCAAACAUGGAAGUGGUUGGGGACAGGCUCACAACCUGUGGCGGAAGAUCUUGAAGUGCAAAGGCUUUGAUGGCUCCUUUGCGCAGUGGAUUCUGGACAAUGAGGUGGCCUCUAUGGUCCCUGUGCGUGUACCGUCUGUAACGUGGCUUUCCAUGGUUUCUGAAAGGCUGCGUGAUGAAGAGCGCUUAUGGUUUCAGGCCAUUCGGCUGCAGUCUAUCAACUGCUACAAGCAAAACAUGGCUGAAGAUUUUCGGAAAGGAGGUAGACGACACGCUGCUGCAGUCAAAGGAGGCUCCACGGCCCCCUUACACUCAUUGGCUGUUUUUCGACCUGUCGAGGUUCAACGCGUUCGGGUCAAUAAGGGCUCCCCUGCACGGCUCAUCCUCAAGAGCCCUGUUGCAGUCGCGCCUGGCGAUGCCCUUAAACUAGGCAAGACGAUGUGUCAAAUCCAAGCAUGUACUCCGGAAGUCAUUACUCUGGAUGCCCCGAUGAAGCAUGAUAUGUACAAAGGCGCGGCGGCACUCGUAUCUUGGUCCACGGAACCCGCAGUUGUGCAGGAGCAGGUCCAGACUUUCUGGAAGCAAUUCUGGUUCCCCGAACAGCAACCGGACUUGCAGUUCGUUCAAGACAACAUACAGCACAUGCCCGCAUUGGCUCCUUUCGAUGCCGCGAUAUCUUUCCAACCAAGAAUUACGUCACCUUUCGCUGCCAUUACGUACGGACCUUUUGGUUGUGUUGAAUCAGCUUUCAUGGGUCCAGGUGUGGCCGUCCUCGUUGUGUGCAUCGUAUGUUUCCUUAUAUUAGCAAAAGUGGACAAUCCAAUGGUGCCUGCAGACGGGCGGCCCAUAACAGUGUUGCCGACGCUUUACAGACUCUGGGCCAAAAUCCAGACCAAAAAGGUUCUGCAGAGCAUUUUGCCGUGGCUCCCUCAGGAGCUUUACGGCUCGGUUCCAGGUAAAAGUGCGCAGGAGAUGACUUUGGACUUGCAGGCCUCCAUUGAGUACGCCGUGGCCACUGGCAGCACGCUCACUGGUUUGUCUCUUGACUUAUCGAAAGCAUACAACACAAUUGAUAGAAACGUUUUACAGAUAUUGGCACGCAGAGUUGGAUGGCCAAACAACCUGAUCUGUUCCUAUAUGGGUUUCUUGAAUGGUUUGCAAAGACACUUUAUGGCAGGCGGGUCACUAUCUGAGUCUAUGGGCAGUAGCACAGGUGUGCCUGAAGGAUGUCCUCUUGCUGUAACUUCCAUGAUGCUCGUUACUUGGUUGGUUACGUCGGUCACAAAAGCCAAGACUGGCGUCGUAGUACACUCAUAUGUGGACAACUGGUCGUUGCAGCACAGCCAACUUGACCGGCCAUUGAUGGAGCAGAGCAAGUGGCAAUCGCGACCGACAAACUUGCUAUGCGGCUUUCACUUGAGAAAACCCACGCUUAUGCCACUGUGGCAAAGGACCGCAGACGCCUCCGGUGCGCAGAAGCGGCAGCCCAGUGCUGCAACAAUCCAGGCGCGCACCAGAACAAAUGAGCCAAAACUACAGAGACUGCAGAGCGCUACGUGGCCUUUGUACCGAAAAGUCUCUACGCUGAUGCGUGUCGUGGUGCCCUCGUGGCUCUUCGGGUGUGAGUUCACUUCAAUGUCAAAGUCUGCUUUCAAACAGCUCCGGGGUCGCAUGAACACGACACUGUGGGGCAAACACUCGAAUCGGGAUCACUUCUUGGCCCCUCUUGCCGCGGCGCCUCUUGAGUACGAGCCUUUUUUAUGGGUGUUACAGCAGCGGGUUCGCACUUUGCGGAAAUUUUGGUUCUGGUGGCCAGCCAAAGCUGGAUUAUGCUGGGAUACCGCAGUUGCUCUGCCUGCAGCAAAGGCUUUGGGCCCCUUUUCGUAUUUCAAGCAGCAGGUUGGGGUCUUGCAGUGGUCCAUGGUGCCUGAUGGGUACCUCCUCACCGCGCAGGGAAAGAUGCACAUCCUUUUUUCGGAUCCUUUGAAGCUUUUGGCCGAAGCGCGUCAGCAAUGGAUUCAGGCUGUUGUAAUGCCCCAAGCCCGUGCCAGAGAAGUACCAAUUCCUGCCAGUCUUGAUGUUGAUGAGAUUCGUUCUGCUCUUAAGACUUCUGGAACAUACAAUGUGGUUGCUGCAAAUGUGCCAGCGGGAUCCGCAGCAACAGCAUUUCCGAGCACAAUUGACGUCGACGUUCCCCGCCAUUGGGCCAUGUUUUUGGGAGAAGGUGUGGGCACAACAUUUGCAUGGUGA